UAAAUACGCUGACGGCCGGGGCCGCGCCCGUACCGGUGUAGUCCGCCUGCAGUGCGAGUCCCGCGCCGCCACAAGUACAGCCGGGAGGCAGCCGCGCUCAGCGACCCUUGGCGCAGGUGUCUGGGGGUUCCCGAGCGUUGCGCCCGGGAGCAUGAUCGUGGACAAGCUACUGGAAGACAGCCGCGGCGGAGAGGGGCUGCUGGACGCGGCCGGCGACUGCGGCCUCAUGACCAGCCCGCUCAACCUGGCCUACUUCUACGGCGCGUCGCCGCCGGCCGCGGCAACGGGGACCUGCGACGCCGGGUGCUCGUCGUCGGGGCCCUCGGCACCCGGCUCGCCCGGCUCCGACUCCUCAGACUUCUCGUCUUCGUCCGUGUCCUCCUGUGGGGCCGUCGAGUCCCGGCCGAGAGGCGGUGUCCGCGCCGAGCGGCUGCCAGUUGAGCCCCAUAUGGGGGUAGGAAGGCAGCAGAGAGGACCCUUUCAAGGUGUUCGUGUUAGAAACUCGGUGAAGGAACUCCUGUUGCACAUCCGAAGUCAUAAACAGAAGGCUUCGGGCCAACCUGUGGAUGAUUUUAAGACACAAGGUGUGAACGUAGAGCAAUUCACAGAACUGAAGAACACAGUAUCAUACAGUGGAAAAAGGAAAGGGCCUGAUUCAUUGUCUGAUGGACCAGCUUGCAAAAGGCCAGCUCUGUUGCAUACCCAAUUUUUGACACCGCCCCAAACACCAACGCCGGGGGAGAGCAUGGAAGAUGUUCAUCACAGUGAAUCCAAACAUGACAGCAAUGCCGAUCUGCUUCAGAGCAUUAUCAACAUUAAGAAUGAAUGCAGCCCCGUCUCUCUGAACACAGUCCAAGUUAGCUGGAUGAGUCCUGUGGUUGUCCCCCAGAGUUCCCCUAGAGAGCAGUUUCAGGACUUCCACGGAGGGCAGGUCUUUUCUCCACCUCAGAAAUACCAGCCAUUCCAAGUCAGUGGCUCCCCACCGGUGAUGGACCAGGCUUCGUUGUACCAGUAUUCUCCACAGAACCAGAAUGUGCAGCAGCAGCAGCACCAUUAUAUCCAUGAUCCAAAUUUGGAAUAUACCCCUUAUUCCAGAUUGCAAUCCCCCAACUAUGAACCAAAUCUCUUUGAUGGUCAGGAACUGCAGUUCUGCCCAAACCAAAGUUUUGUAUCUCUUCUAAGUAAUCAUGGGGAAUCAGAGAAUGUUGCUGUUCCUAUUCAGACUCCCCCCAGCAUCCAGCAACACAGCAAUGCCCAUCUACAGACCUUCAGCAUGAUGCCAAACAGUGCGUGUGAGGCCCUGGCGGAGCACAAGGCAGGCUCUCCCCCUCUAAACACCUCACUGCCAUUCCAGAACAUCACCGAAAAUCCAGUGAACACUACACAGUUAGGAAAGUCAUUUUUUCAGUGGCAAGUAGAGCAAGAAGAAAGCAAAUUGGCAAAUAUUUCCCAAGACCAGUUUCUUUCAAAGGAUGCAGAUGGUGACACGUUCCUCCAUAUUGCUGUUGCCCAAGGGCGAAGGGCACUUUCCUAUGUCCUUGCAAGAAAGAUGAAUGCGCUUCACAUGCUGGAUAUUAAAGAGCACAAUGGACAGAGUGCGUUUCAGGUGGCAGUGGCUGCCAAUCAGCACCUCAUUGUGCAGGACCUGGUGAACCUUGGGGCCCAGGUGAACACCACAGACUGCUGGGGAAGAACACCUCUGCAUGUCUGUGCUGAGAAGGGCCACUCCCAGGUGCUUCAGGCAAUUCAGAAGGGAGCCGUGAGGAGCAAUCAGUUUGUGGAUCUUGAGGCAACCAACUAUGAAGGCCUCACUCCUCUCCACUGUGCAGUCGUGGCCCACAAUACAGUGGUGCAUGAGCUCCAAAGAAACCAACAGCCUCAUUCACCUGAAGUUCAGGGGCUAUUACUGAAGAAUAAGAGUCUGGUUGACACCAUUAAGUGUCUGAUUCACAUGGGAGCAGCAGUGGAAGCUAAGGACCGUAAAAGUGGCCGCACAGCUCUGCAUUUGGCAGCCGAAGAAGCAAAUCUGGAGCUCAUUCGCCUCUUUUUGGAGCUGCCUAGUUGCCUAUCUUUUGUGAAUGCAAAGGCUUACAAUGGAAAUACUGCCCUCCACGUUGCUGCCAGCCUGCAGUAUCGGGUGACACAGUUGGAUGCUGUCCGCCUGCUGAUGAGGAAGGGAGCAGACCCGAGUACUCGGAACUUGGAGAACGAACAGCCAGUGCAUUUGGUUCCUGAUGGCCCCGUGGGAGAACAGAUCCGACGUAUCCUGAAAGGAAAGUCCAUUCAGCAGAGAGCCCCACCGUAUUAGCUCCACUGACUUGGAGCCUGGUCGGCAACACUCACUGUCAGUUAGGCAGUCCUAAUGUAUCUGUACAUAGACCAUUUGCCCUGUAUUGGCAAAUGUAAGUUGUUUCUAUGAAACAAACGUAUUUAGUUCACUAUUAUAUAGUGGGUUAUAUUAAAAGAAAAGAAGAAAAAUAUCUAAUUCCUCUUGGCAGAUCUGAAUAUUUCAUACCCAGGUAUCUGGGAUCUAGACAUCUGAACUUAAUCUGAAUGGUAAAAUUGACUUCAACUAACAGUAGCUUUUGGGUAGGAAGAGACUUUGGUUUGUAUGGUAUAAGGCAUUGCUCAUGUAGCUAUUGCCAGUUUAAAAGCAGGUAAAUUGUAAACAUUUCUUUAAGAAAAAUGAAUGCAUUUGAAGGGAAAAAUACUAUUUAUGCCUAAAAAUUAUAUAUAAAUAUCAUGUUGAGGCUGCUUUUGGCCUGAUGCAGUAUCUAGCAGUGUUCGAAACUUUCUAGUCAUUGGUCUAGAUGAAAAGUGUCCACGGUUAAAAUUUGAUCUUUGCAAACUGUAUAUAAUUGUUAUAUUUGUUUAAAAAUAGAGAACCUGUACAUAUUUGGUCAUUAACAUGGCCACAUUUGAAGUGUAAAUGAAUAAGAUAGCAAAGAACCAGUGAAUUGUCACUGUUUUAAAAGAUGGCACACAUUCAGAGGAGCUGUUAUUUAUCAUCAUCCAACUAAAGUCUCCAUAGAGGUGGCAGAUGGAGAGUUGUUCCCUUAGUGCUGGUCAAGCUGUGUUUGGACUGUAAAUAUGCUUGUUCUCAUGCAUUGAGAUGAAACCGUUGUGGGGAAUUAAGUGCAUGCUCUUGAACACCUCUUACCUAACUUUCUAGAAUUUAUAGUUCACAUGUUCUGUUGGAAUUUUUGUUUCACUCUUAUGUGAACAACAAGUCAAUAUUGAAACAUGUCUUACUGUUUUCUUAAUGUAAAAUAAUGAUAAUAUGCCAUGAUGUUUUAUACUACUACUCAGAAAGUAGGCUUUGUUUUAUUUUUUAGUAGCCGUAAUCUAUUAAUGUUAUUUUGCUUACCUGUGAUAUGCCCUGAGAAACUUUUUUGGCUUUGAUUGCACACUAAUUCUUUAUAAUAAAUUUGAUUCAUUAAAAAA